AUGUUGUUGUCGAGAAGUUUCGUGGUCAGACAAUCAGCAUGGCUGUGCUUUGCUCGGGAUCUGCAUUCCAAUUCCCUUCAAUCUGCCUCCCAUGCUCCUGGCCGCCUGGACUUCCGUGCCAUUGACUCGAAAUGGCAGCAAAGAUGGGCAAACAAGACUGCUGUUCGGCAGGCACAAGCCUCACCCAAAUCUUAUGUCCUUCCCAUGUUUGCAUAUCCCUCCGGAUCUCUGCAUAUGGGUCACCUGCGUGUCUACACCAUAUCCGAUGUUAUCGCCCGUCACCGACGAAUGAGAGGCCAUGAUGUUUUGCACCCGACCGGAUGGGAUGCGUUUGGACUCCCGGCUGAGAAUGCUGCAAUCCAGCGUGGCGUUGACCCGGCGGUAUGGACACAAGAGAAUAUCACAAAGAUGAAGCAACAGCUGAAGAGCAUGAACACAAGUUUCAAUUGGGAUGCUGAAAUUUCAACAUGUUUACCGUCAUUCUACAAACACACGCAGGAUAUCUUUCUGAGGCUGUAUCACCGAGGGUUGGCGUACCAGGCCGAAGCCCUGGUCAAUUAUGAUCCAGUGGAUAGAACUGUGCUUGCCAACGAGCAAGUAGAUCAUAAUGGACGCUCUUGGAGGUCAGGAGCACUUGUCCAGCAGAUCAAACUCCGCCAAUGGUUUUUGAAGAUUAGCGAAUUCAAGGAGGCAUUGCUGCAAGACCUCGACUACCUCGCUGAAGGCGGGAAAUGGCCCGACCGAGUGUUGACCCAGCAGCGGAAUUGGAUCGGCCGAUCUAAUGGUGCACGCAUUCAAUUUGCGUUGAGGGACGAAGCUGGGAAGUCCUCCAAUAUUCACGUAUUCACAACGAGGCCUGAUACCUUGUUCGGGAUCAAGUAUAUCGCCUUGUCACUGACCCACCCGCUUGUGGUUCAGGCUGCCGGUCAAUCAGCAGAGCUUCAGAGGUUCAUCGAUAGGCGGGCCUCUUUCCCACCCGACUCAAAGGAGGGAUUCCAACUCCCCCUACAGGCCAUACAUCCUCUCUCGCAGUCUGGAUACCAGGACAUUGGACCUUUAUCAGUCUUUGCUGCACCCUAUGUACUUGACGACUAUGGAGAAGGCGCGGUUAUGGGCGUGCCGGCGCACGACUCUCGGGAUCUUAGCUUCUGGAAACUUCACCGCCCCUCGGAACCCGUCACGAUAGCUAUCGCACCGGAGCCUUCCGAUAGCCUUCCAGCCCAAUUGCUCCCUUCCGAGCUGUCGGAAGCCUACACGAAUGACGGCUUUUUGACCACAGUCUGCGGGUCCUAUGCUGGCAUGUCAAGCAGCGCGGCCAGAACAAAGAUCGUCUCUGACUUGCACAAGGCAGGUCUGGGGCAGGCUGUCGAAACCUGGAGACUGCGCGAUUGGCUGGUAAGCCGACAGAGGUACUGGGGAACGCCUAUUCCCAUCAUACAUUGUCCGCAAUGCGGCACUGUCCCCGUGCCCAAGAACGACCUUCCAGUGAUGUUGCCCCCGCUAGACUCUUCCAUCAAGGGUCAGACUGGCAACCCACUCGACAAGAUCGAUGAGUGGGUCAACUGCAGAUGUCCCCAGUGUAGCGGGCCGGCGAAGCGAGAAACCGACACUAUGGAUACAUUCGUUGAUUCGUCCUGGUAUUUCAUGCGGUUUCCGGACCCGAACAACGUCGAAGAGCCCUUUUCCAAAGAGUCAGCAGCCAGCAUGCUUCCUGUCGACACGUACGUGGGUGGUGUGGAACACGCAAUCCUCCACUUGCUCUAUGCGCGGUUCAUCUACAAGUUUCUGUGUAGUGAAGGCCAUGUCUCGGGGGAGACUGGCCACGCCGAACCAUUUCAACAACUCAUCGCCCAGGGGAUGGUCCAUGGCAAGACCUUCUCUGAUCCGGACACGGGCCGAUUCUUGCUACCGGAUGAGGUCGACAUUGCGGGCGAAUCCGGUGUCAUCAAGUCAAACGGUAAGCUGGCCAACGUGACGUGGGAGAAGAUGUCCAAGAGCAAGCAUAAUGGCGUGGAUCCUAGUAUCGCCAUUGAGAAAUACGGCGCAGAUGCCCUCCGAGCUCACAUCCUCUUCGCAGCACCGAUCAGCGAGGUGCUACAAUGGGAUGAGGAGAAGAUCGUGGGGAUACAGAGAUGGUUCGGUCGAGUCAACCGGAUCGUGGCCGAGCUUGUUGGCAUCACCAAGACUGCUAAGAGCGACCUUCCGAAGACAAUCGUUCCCGAACUGAGCACUCUCAACGACAGCGACGCGAAAGCUCUGCUCCUAGCGCAGAGCAUCAGUGAAAACGUCUCGAAAACAUUCUCGCGCGACAUUUACAGCCUGAAUACGGCGGUCUCUGACCUGAUCAAGCUUACGAACGGUUUGGAUGAUAUCGGGAUUAACAACCUGACGCCGUCUAUCGCCCAUAUCGCGGUCGCCUCGCUCCUGAAGAUGAUGGCGCCGAUCACCCCUGCUUUCGCCGAAGAAUGCUGGGAAAGCUUAAUGUCGACAUCAGACUGUGACAGCAUCUUCGACACGGUGUGGACGGGAGAGAUCAUCACCGCAGAACAAGUCAGGGCGCUUCGAAGCCGACAAACCACCAUCACGUGCGCUGUGCAGGUGAAUGGGAAAUUACGCUUUACCGCAGAGGUGCCAGCAUUGUCGGCGGAGCGGCAGAACGACCACCACAACAACCAAAAAGCGCGAGAGGAGGAGAUACUGCGUGCUGUGCUCCGUUCUGAAGAAGGCCGCGUGUGGCUGACGGAGAAGAAUGACUGGGAGAAAAGAAGGCGAGUCGUCGUGGUCGGAGGGGGGAAAGUGCUGAACGUGGUGUUCUGA